AUGUCCAAAGCACUUCUGGGUCACAUGGAAACCAGUGUUGUCCUCCCCCAGCAGCAACCAAGAACCCCGGUAGGGCUGCACUUCCGCACUCCAAUUCCCAUACAACCCUACGGAUAUCCAGACUGGGAUCAGCCAAGAGGAACACUGCCACCUUUCGUGUGUAUGAAUUGCUCCCACUUCAGUCCAAUUAUUGCCUAUAUUGAUGACCAGUUUGAACGCUACCUUCAUGAUGAAAGUGGUCUGAAUCGCAGACACAUCGUGGAUAAUCGAGUGCAUUGCUGCUUCUAUUUUAUCUCACCUUUGGGGCACGGCCUAAAGCCUCUGGAUGUGGAAUUCAUGAAAGCGAUUCAUAACAAGGUGAACGUGGUUCCUGUGAUUGCUAAGGCUGAUACACUAACGCUGAAGGAAAGGGAACGUCUGAAGCGAAGGAUACUGGAUGAGAUUGACGAACAAGGGAUUAAGAUUUAUAAUCUUCCAGAUGCAGAGUCAGAUGAAGAUGAGGACUUUAAAGAACAGACACGGAUUCUCAAGGCCAGUAUCCCAUUUGCAGUCGUUGGGUCAAACCAGCAAAUUGAAGCGAAGGGCAAGAAAGUAAGAGGUAGGCUGUACCCUUGGGGAGUCGUUGAGGUUGAAAAUCCGGAGCAUAAUGAUUUUCUGAAGCUUCGUACCAUGCUCAUAACCCACAUGCAAGAUCUGCAGGAGGUGACUCAGGACCUGCACUAUGAGAACUUCCGAUCAGAACGCUUGAAGAGGGGUGGCAGGUUGUCUUCACAUGGUUACAUUCUUCCUUUGUCUCCUGUAAAAGGUGUAGAACCAGAGGUGCUGGAUAAGGACAUGAUUCUUAUGGAGAAGGAGGCUGAGCUACGCCGGAUGCAAGAGAUGAUUGCACAGAUGCAAGCACAGAUGCAGAAACAUGGUGAUGGGGAGAUGGAAGGUCAUCACGUAUAAAGAAUGUGAUGCCAUCCUCCACACACUCCUUGGAGAAAGUGACCCUGGGAAUAUGUGACACAUGUACACCAGAGAGGGCUGUCAUGGUUUGCCCUGUGCUAUCUGUAACCACUUAUUUUAGACCAUUUUAUGUAUUUUAUAAGCACACAUUGUCUUGUGUUGUCACUUUUUAUAACUUGAUAUAUUUUUCUAUUUUUAUUUUUGUAUUUUUUUUUUUCUCCUCUCCCUUCCUGAAGGAACAGUGCUCAAAAAAUUCUUCCAGUUCCUCUUUCCACGGUUAACUGUUACCUGUGUCACUGUGUUUACCUGUCUUCUCUAGGCAAGUCAUAAAAUAGCAAAGGAAAUCUUUUGCCUUGGCUGAAGUUUUUCCAAAUAGAAUUUUAUUUUCAGAGGAUGGACUGAACCAAAUAACAUGUCAUGCAUUGUUUCAUUUCAAUAUGUGACUGGAAGAAAAAAACAAAAAAGCACUAGAGCAGUCUUGAUGAUGAUGACUUAGGAUAUUUAACAAGCACACUUUUUAUCUUUAUGCUUGAGGAGCAGCAGCUUUUUUUUUUUUUUAAUAAAAACAAUGUUUAGAAGAACUUCGCUGCUUUCUGUUUCAUCCAACAUUAUGAAUAAAUUAAUCAAAAUUAAUUCUUUUAUGAAUUUUUGACAUAUGCUAACAUUUGGUUUGUAUGGUUAAAGAAUCCAUGUUUUGUCCCUUGUGUGUUUAAUGUUAAUUAUCAGGGAUUUAACAGUUAUAGUCAAUUAUAAAUGUAUGAUGAGUCUACAUUUAGUUUAAAAAAACAUCUCAAAAAAGAGCAAAUGGACCUGAAGAUCAGACCUAUUGGUCCUAAUGGAAGCUCGGAGACAAAAAGAAAAUAAUUAAAUGAGAUUUCCUGCUACUAAACAGUAAAGCCAUUUUAUUAACAAGGCUGUAAAAUUGUGUCACUAUGAAUUGUCUUCAAGGGAAAAGGCACAGGACUUAUUGCACCUACUUUACUUUUACCUUUAAUCAUAAAUGAUUAUCAUUGCUGGAACAGAGAAAAUAUGUGAAGGAAGAGAAGGAGACAAGAUAAGAUAAAGCUUGGUAUAUUUUAUUAAGGUUUUGUUUUCAGUGUUGAGAGAAAUUUCCAAGGCAUGCAGUUUGACGUUUGUCCGGCUAAUAUUUCACUAUUUAAACUGUUCACCUGAAAUCCUAUUUGUUUUAUAGUGUUUUGUAAAGUACAAUUGCUUUCUUUGUGUCAUUUAUGGUCUAUGCUACUCACAAAUUAGUGCUAUGAGGAAAAGUAGCUAUUGAGUAUCAUUUUCCAUACUUUUCCAGUCCUGGCUGUCAGUUCAGGAUGAUUAAAUGGUGAGCAUACUGCCUUUGGAUUGUUGACGUAUUUGUCAGCACCUAAUUCAGUACAUUUUUUAAUUUGCAUGGUUAACGGUGUAUGUUAUUUUAUUCAAAAAUGCUUUACUCUGUAACAUUUUUUAUUAAAACUUGCUCCAUUCCUUUCACCCGUGUCAUAUUUCAUUAAAUUUAAAGUGUUAUGAAGCCACGUGCCAGACAUAUUAGAUAGAAAGCUGAUCAAUGCGUGAGGUGGAGAACCCUCAUUUAAACUAAAUGUGUAGAGGAGCAAAUAUGGCAGUGCUGCAGUGAAGUCAGGGCCAUUAUGAAAAUACCAUGCCUUCUUGGUGUCUCUAGUGAUCCACAGCAAGGUAGUACUUCUUUUAUUUUAAAACUGAAGGUUAGUAUGGCUUUUUUAAAUGAGCAGACUAGACAAUUGGUCGGUAUGUGCCUCUAGAAGUUGACAUUCAUUGGCUUUACCUGUAAAGUUUGCCCCAUGCUAAAUCACAAAUUGUUUAAAAGGAUCAAAAGAAAGUCAUCAGUGGAUAUUAGGUAUUACAGUAGCAUGUUCAUCUGAUUUUGAAGGUACUGGAUUCUGGAUUAAAGCAAAUGAUUUUAUUUAAAGGCAAACAGAACAAUUGCCUACAGAGCUGCACUGCACAUUAUGAAUGUACCUGUAAUCUAGUAGUUUUUAUAUUCUCUUUCUGAUCAUGCAUCUUUUAUUUUGAAGGUAUCUUUGAGAGAAUCAUCUUAUCCUGCCAUUCUUUCCAUGUUCCAUAAGAUUUAGCAAAUGCUCAUUCAGCUUUGCGAAUCCUCUGUAAAACACUUUACUGUAUCUGUUAAGGAGUUUCCAUCCAUUUCAUUUGCCAUUUGAUCAUUAAAGCUUUUUAAAUGGUCUGUUGUAAUCCAUUAUAUGUGGACUGUGUGCUGGUUACUGUGGCAGCAGCUUUGCUGUUUUUAUCAAUUUGAUCUACACCUCGAUGCAAGUGCAGUGUUUCUGUUCUUUUAAUUUUUUUUCCAUCUGUCUGUAUUCUGUACCAGAUUACUUCAGUUUAGUUAAAAAAAUGCAUUUUCCAUCAGUUAUGGGCAUAACCAGCUAUGGAAAGAAAGCUAGUCUAUUGAAGGGCACAAUGUCUCAGCACUUGGCCAGUCUACACAAACUAGCCGAAUAGUAGUAGAAUCAUAUAUGCAGAGUACAGUGAAAUUCUUUGUUGUGUGCCUAACUAACAUGCAGCACUAAUAAACCUGUUUUUGGGAAGUUUCAGGAGAAAACUUGCGUGAAUUUGAGGAGUAAAUGCAAGCUUCACAAUUUCCUAGUCACAAAAUUCCCUGGGUCCAAUUUGAAUUUGAUCCCCCUGUGAGGGACCUCUGCUAAACACUGUUCUUGUCCUGUAUAUUUAUCAUAGAAUAAUUGUUCACACUUGGUGAACUUCUUUGUAGAGUAGUAUGGUGUAACAGGCAUUGUACAAUAAUAACGUUCAUGAUUGCUAAUGAUUGUUCUGUCUCCAUCUGGGGCUGAUUUCUGUCUUGUAUGGGAUGCUGCUUUGAUAGACUGUGGCUUGCUCUUAUGACUUUGAAUUAGAUUUUACAUAUUUGAGAUUGACAUGGGAUGAAUACUAAUGAAUACAAAUGAACAUCUUGGUAAAUCCAUUACAGUAACUUUUUUAAUUAGCCUCUGUUCUUCACUGCCCUCUGAUGGUUGCUUAGCACUUAAUUUGCAAUAUGGAUUUAUGAAACUGCUUUGUUAAUUCACAGAAAAGGCAUGCUACCUGUGUAUAGCAAAAAUCACAGACCUGUAAAAUACAGUAGCAUUGCUGAAGUAAUAAUUCAGGAUCUACUUUCCUUCCUGGAAUCACACUGAUGGUAUGGUAUAUGGCUCCUCUGUAUUAAACUGUUCUUUUGGAAAUGCCUGUGCUCAUUUGGUAUGUGUCGUCCCUCACUCUCUAUCUCCCCCGUCUCUCCACUAUAGUGCCCUGUCUGCUAUGGUACUAUAGCAUCAUAAUAUGAAAUGGUGAGAUCACAGCCUUUGUGGCUUAAGUGAAGACUUGGGCAAGUCAUGAAUCAUGAAGGCCUGACCAGGCAUGUAGAUAUUAAGAACUUCUUGAGCUUCAUGCUACUUUUUGGGAGAUAGCUAGUCCAAGCAAAUGGAACUUGAUUGGUUCAGUUGCUUUUUAAAAUUUUGAUUUGAGUCAUGUGUCCUAGCAGUAUAAUCUCUUUCAACCCAUAAAGAUGUUAUAUAUGGUAAAGCCAUCAAUAGAUUGCUAUACACAUUUGCUGAAGGCUUGAACAUAGUCUGUCGCGUCACAAUUGUGGACCAUGGCUCCUUGUUUUGUAUAAUUUAACUGAGAAGAAUUUUCUCAGUAUCUGUGGUCUAUGUACAAAAUUAAGAAUAUCUAAAAUGUUGUUCAAGAAUAUACAUCAGUUUUCUAUCUUCUGAGAUGGGAAUUUCUUAAAAGUAAUUCUCACCUGCUGUUUCCUGAUAAAAUUUUUCUUUCUUCAGUGGGCAUUUUCUCUAGGUCAAAAUCUCUAGAUUGCUCAGAUCAUCCUCAUUUAGCCUUUCAGCAUUAAGCAACACAAUUCGCUUCCCACUGUACUUGGCAGCCGGGUUUUACACUCUGUGUCAUAAUGUGCUUGGUUGCAGCAGGGUGUGCAUAUGUUUAAUGCUUCCCCACACCUUGCUGUAACCGUUUAACAGUCUCAAGCAGCUAGAAUAAAAGCUAUGGCAUGCUACAGGACAUAUAAUAAUCCAGUCCUGAACCUCUUGUAUGCUGCUAUUCCAGGAUCAAAAUGAUCUAGCCAGAGUGGGACAUGGUUCCAUUGAGCCAGAACAACUAACUCUUCUUAUUCAGAAAGUGAAAUUCUUUGUGACAAGAACACAAGUGCCGCCCUUGCCUUACCAGAUUCAAGAACUACUUUGUGUUCUCUCUUGCCAAAUUAAAUCUGCCAGGCUGUGAGUUUGUAAGCUACAAAUCCAUCAGACCACUUAAACAUUUUACUUACAUGUAAUGUCUCUGACAAAGUUCAAUAAGAACAAGGGAAUAAUGCAGUUUCCAUAUAGACACCACUGCAAUCAUAAAAUUAUUUUCAUUGAUGUUAACCUGGCAUUUCUUUUUAACUUCCCUGUCCAUAUCUGAAAAUGACACUUUUACAAAAUUUUAGACUGUAUGCAUUUUUUGUGUGAUUUCAAUUUUUAUUUUAUACCAACAUGUUUUUGCCUUUUCAUAUUGCAUUUUGCAUUGGUGCACAGAGUGGCUCCCUGCCCAUGAAAAAGAUUUGAAAAUGAGCAGAUUAAAAUGACUGUUGAUCUCAAGAAUCUACUCACUAGAUUCUGGAAGAAUAGCAUUAAUCUAGAGUUCAUCUUCCCCAAAGAUGUAAUUAGAAAGUAGCAAGCCAGUGAGCCAAGCAUAGCUUUCAUGCUGUAUUUAAAAUCGUAAAGCAAAUGUAUAGUUAAUAACAAGUGUGUCUUUUGAAAAUCCCCAAAUCCAUGUACAACUUCCAUGUGCUGGAAAGAUAGUACAGGAAAGUGGUCAUUAAUUGAUUAUCCUGUUUUAUAAAUUGUAAUAAUUGGCUGUAACUGUGAAUGUUCAAUAAAUCUAGUUUUCCUCCUG